UUUAAAUCUCCCUGUAUACUGUUUUUGCAGUAAAAACAAUCAAUCGAUAAUGACUAAGAGUAGUGGUACUGUGCACAUACUUGGAGCUGGUUCUAUUGGUGGACUUGUUGCAUAUGAACUAUCCACCUUGGCAUCUCCACCGAAGACGGUCCUCUUAUGGCGUAACUCGUCAAGAUUGGCUGAUUUCAGAGACCGUUACCUCUCCAAAGUAACCAUAAGAAGACUGUUCAAGACCCCAGUUGAAUCUGUUAGUGGAACAUUUGAUUCAGCAAUUGCAAGUACUUUGAACGGGCCUAUAUCUAAUCUCAUAGUCACUACAAAGACUUACCAAACUCAGAGUGCUUUGAGACCUUAUUUACACCUCAUCGACAAAUCAACGAAUAUCCUCUUGAUUCAAAAUGGACUUGGUGUUUCAGAUGAGCUAAUCCGUGAUGUUUGGCCAGAUGAGUCCAAUCGCCCAACUUUGUACCAAGGUGUCAUCAACCACGGUGCGUUCAUUGUCCCAGAUGACAACGAAUACAUUGUCGCACAUGCUGGUUUUGCAGAUUUAAACAUUGCUCAGGUUUCUUCUGAUGACACGUCUUCCUUACCACUGUUUAUCCAACAAUUGGUGGAUGCAAAGGGACUUGUGACUCACUACAUGCCAUACUCCGAUUUGUUGCUGAUUCAGUUGAAGAAAUUUACCGUUAACGCUUGUAUUAAUUCUAUCACUUCAAUCAUUGAUUGUAUCAAUGGUGAAUUGGGCAAAGGUGACAAGGCACCCCAACUGUUUCACGAUAUCAUCGAGGAGUCAAUUGGAAUCUUCAAGAAGUGUAUUCCUGAGUUGAAGGACAAUCCGAAUGUCGAUAAAGUCUUAGACAAAGAGAAAUUGAUUGCCAAUGUCAUUGAAGUUGGUACUGUUGUAAAUGCACAAAAUUCAAGCUCUAUGAGACAGGACGUUUUAAACUUGAGGGAGACAGAAGUGGACUACAUCAAUGGAUAUGUUGUGAAGCUUGCACACAACAAUGGAUUGGAGGCUAAAGUAAACCAGACAAUUACAAAUCUCGUCAAGUUGAGGUUAUCGAUCAAUAGAAAUAGAGCUUAAAAUUUAAUGUCAAUAUAUAGUUGUUUAAUAUGAGGAGGAAAUAUAGCUUAAUUGAC